CUCAAUUUUAGUCAUAUAAUUAGUGCUAUCUUUUUCUCCAACUUGCAGAACCCGACAGUUUCCUUCCGCAUUUCUCAUCGUCACCAUGGACGAACCAUCCCCGACCACUGAUCCUCUAACGAACCAAUUCGACUCUCUCAACGACCUAGCCCACGAGCUCGCCUCUCUCCAAGACCUCGCCACUCGCGGCUCCUGGCGUUCCAUCCUGGACAAAGUUUCCCGAGCCCGUUCUCUCAACCUCCUGACCAACCCACACGACCACCUUAUCUACGUUUCCUACAACGUCGUCGCCCUCUCUAAACUACGCCGUUUCACCGAUGCUUCAAACGAACUCGACUUUCUCCACGACUUCAACAGCCACCAUUACCAAUACGAAACCUACCCCCAACUUUACCCGAACUGGUCAGGUUCAAUGGUCCCCUUCUCACUCCGGUUCAUCCACGCCCAGCUCCCAAUCAAGCUCGGCAAUCGCCAAGAAGGGUUAGAUCGGUUUUAUCUCUUGCUUAAUUUUAUUCGUCAAAAAAUAAAAGAAAAAGAACGUGGUAAUUUAGAGGAGUCUGUCAAAAUUUGGAGAAAAAGGGAAAAUUUUGUUUUGAAUUGUAUCAUUGGGCAUCAUUUGGGGGCUAAGGAAUUCAAUGUGUGUUUAGAUUUGAUUAAGGAUUUGAUCAAUCAUAAUUAUUUAGACCCAGUUUUAGUUUCCAAACUGGGGUAUAUUCAGCUGCAGAUUGGGGAUCUUGAAGGGGCAAAAGGGUCAUUUCACCUUGUGGAGACAAUGUUAAAUGAAGGGAAGAAUGGUGGGUAUCCUUUUUUGAGUGAGGUUGAGUUUAGGAAUCUUGUGAAUAGAAACAACGCCUUGGUUUAUUUGGUAGGCAAAGAUUAUGUUUCUGCUGUGAGGGAAUACGAGGAGUGUAUCGAAAGAGAUCAUGCAGAUGUUGUUGCGAUUAAUAAUAAGGCACUUUGUUUGAUGUAUUUGAGGGAUUUGUCGGAUUCGAUUAAGGUUUUGGAGAAUGCACUUGAAAGGGUGCCAACCAUGGCGUUGAAUGAGACUUUGGUGAUUAACUUGUGUAGCAUGUAUGAGUUGGCAUAUGUUAAUCACUCUGAGAUUAAGAGGACAUUGAGUAAUUGGAUUGCACGUGUUGCUCCUGAUGAUUUUGACGCAUCCUGUACUAGGGUUUGAGGUUUCGGGAGUGAAGCUGGCCGAGACUUGGUUUGGAGUGGUGGUUUGCUAGGUUCAACCUUUUGUGCUCUAUAUUCUCUUCCUAGUUGCUUUAAUUUAUGGCAGCACAGGAGCUUGUUGAAUUCAUUCUUAUGUGCUUGUGCUUUAUUUUAUAAAAAGGAAAUACAUAGCGGUUUCUUCAACUUA